AUGGAGCUCCCGCCGCUGACGCUAGAGCAGCUCGCACAGCUGGUAGCCUCCAAUUCCCCACCUUCAAAGUUAUUCGAGACCUUGGCGGAAUACGAACAAGAAGCAUGUCUGAUGUCAGAUGGGAGUAGCGAUGCAAGUGCAUCUGGAGGCGAUCUCCAGCUUUUAAGCUUGUUUUACUCGAGCUUCUUCCUCCUCCAUCUCCUCACAGACCAAGUGGCCGAAUCACGCGCUCUGACGGAGCGAGUGCCCGUUAAUCUCAAACAACACGAUACCACACUCCAGAACUGUUUAUCUCUACUUCGAGCAGUAUGGCAGACCAAACAUGGCCAGGUCUACCAAAUACUGCGAGGAUCGCCCUGGCCAGAUGUCUUGCAACCAUUAGUACGAAGAUACGAAUGCUUCUUCCAAGAUAAGACCUUAAUCUCAGUGAGCAAGUCAUACCAGACCAUUAGGUUGCCCGUCGCUGCGGCCUAUCUCGGUUUGGAUCAAAAGGCCGCGGAACAAGAAGACUCCAACAUCAUCACAAAUUUCACGAAGUGUGGUUGGACCUGGGACCCCAAUACGAAGUUGCUACAUCCCAAGCCCAUUGUGAUACGUCCUGCGGAUGGUCAUUCCUACAAUGGAAUCCGCGAAGCGAUGGCAAUGCUUGGUGCCCGCGCAAGUUGA